AAUGGCAGGUCUUGCGUAUAUAGUAACUCUUGAAUAAAAAAAUUCAAAAAUGAUUUCAUGUAACCAUAUUGUCACAACCAAAUGUUCAUUUUCCUUUUCUUUUCUUUUCCACUCAUGACUCAACUCAUAUAGUCAUAUGGCUUGCUUCUUAAAUUAUAGCGCCACACUAGUCCCAAAGAAUUAAAAAUUUUAUAAUUAGCAAAUGCUCUAUUUAUAUGUAGUUCUCGUUCACUGAUAGCGAUUGAGUCCGAGAAUCUAAACUAAUCAAGAUAUCAAUUAGAGAAAUAAGGGGAAUCCAAGUGGGUAAAUAAAGAGACAAACACAGCUGAAAGACGCAUUUGUCUUGUCCGAAACACAUCACAACGUAAUUAUUCUUGAAGUGCCCCCACAAAUCUUUGUUGAUUUCGUAAGUUACACUGAUUUCUUGUUUGAGUUCGUCGACAUACCUAUGGGCAACAAUGGACGAAAGGCGUUGGCGUCACAAACUCACAAUGAUGAAAAAGCCAAAACACAUCAAACUGUACUUGAUGUUAAAGGAAACUUCCCGGAAGCUGCCUGCUUGAAUCUUGAGGAUACGUCUAUACACUUCUCACAUGCGCGUAUCAUGCAUGUGGAAGAUGUUGAUAUCGACCCACUCUUCUUGGAUAGAAGACACGAUAGUAUCUUUUGUCUGUUUAUAAGGUUUUUAAAUUAAAUGGAACAUCAGCGUCUACAUUUUUGUAAGUUCUUCCAAUUUUACAUGUUAGGGUAUCUAUAGACCACUAGCAGUUUCUUAUAUAAUUUUCGGCCACAGACCAUUUGAAGAGCUGGUCCCUUGAUGUGUACGGAACAAGAGAAUUCUAUUACAAAUUCUUAUCUUCUUACAAGAGACUUCACAACUUCUUAGACGGAAUCAUACUCAUACCUUCUCGAAUGAAAGAAACAAAUCAUAUCUUCACACAAAGAAUCCUAAAUCGUAAAUGGAAAUUAAAGCUGCGGAUUUAACGGUUAGCAAUCAAUAUUUAUAUCGUCUACAACUUUAGAUUUUCGGGUUAUUACACGGUGAACAUUUAACGGUUAGCAAUCACCAAAAACGUUUAAAAUCAAACAAUUCAUUUUGUAAUAAAGGUUCAUACCGACCCUAAUUUUGGGUUCUCUGUUUUUCAUGUUUUUACAUAUCCAAUUAUAACGUUUUAAAUUUACUGAAUCCAAAUGUCUAUAUCCUCAAACUCCCAGUAAAUCUGUAAAAGUUGGUAAGUUUUGUUUGUAAAUUACAAAACUUAAUAAACUGGAAACAAAACCUAAGAACUUUACGAAAAAUCCAAAUUUUAGAAUUUUAGGGGAAGACAAUUAAUUAGACAAAAGCCAACAUGAAUAACUCUUCCAGAGCCAAAAAAAAAACCACACAACAUGCCAAAAUUAGAAGAAAAAAAAAGUAUUUGUAAACAAAGGAAAGAGCAAAAUUGGAACAACAUUCACAAAACUACAAUGCUCUCACAAGUUGCUGACAGAGCAAGAAAAUCCGUGAAGGAGCCCAAAAAAUUUUAGACGAACAAAAAUCUAAACUUCUAUCCAUUUCUAUUUCACCCAAUUUUUGUUUUCAAGAGUCUAAAUUACCGACUUUAGCAUAUUCUUCAAAAAAGAUUAACCUUAUAUAAACUGAUUAAGAACAAAAAAAAAAAAAGAAUCGACGGUUGCUGCUAACCGAAUCAACCCGAAACUCCCAAUUAACCGGUACAGCUUGAAAAACCGAUGUGUCAGUGAACACAGAGGCAUUACUCUAGAAUACACUUUUCAAUCGGAGCAGAAGAAGCCAAUGGUCGGUCCAGGAAGACCUCAAAUCGUCCUCUUCGGUUCAUCAAUCGUUCAAUACAGCUUCAGCGAUGGUGGAUGGGGAACCACUCUCGCUAACAUCUACUCUCGCACGGCUGAUGUAAUCCUUCGUGGGUAUGCUGGUUGGAACUCCAGAUCUGCUUUAAAGGUCUUAGACCAAGUGUUCCCAAAGGAUGCUGUGAUACAACCUUCUUUGGUGAUAGUGUACUUCGGUGGGAAUGAUUCAAUGCCUCCUCAUCCAUCAGGGCAAGGACCUCAUGUUCCUCUCUCUGAAUUCACUGAUAACAUGAGGAAGAUCGGAGAGCAUCUUUUGAGCCUCUCGGACAAGACCCGUGUCAUUUUUCUCACUCCCCCACCAAUGAACGAGAGACAAAUUCAACUAGUGUUUGGAGAUGCAAUGAGAGGCCGGAGUAACGAGCUGUGCCGUCCCUACGCAGUAGCUUUGUUGAAUCUAUGCAGAGAGAUCAAUGUGAAAGGAAUCGAUCUUUGGAACGCAAUACAGCAACAAGAUGACUGGUUAAAUACUUGCUUCACCGAUGGGAUCCAUUUCACGGCCAAGGCGAGCGAGAUUGUCGUGAAGGAGAUAUUGAGAGUAGUGAGAGAAGCUGAUUGGAAACCUAGUCUUCACCGGAAGUCAUUACCGGUUGAGUUUCCAUUUGAUUCUGGUCUACCAAACUCCCCAAGACAUAGUGAUUUAGAGAUAAGUAGAAACAAAAAGUUGGAUCCACCACCUGGACCUGGUAUGGCCAGGUUGUAAAAACAACUUAGCAGUUAGAGAUAUCAUACUUAUAUUGUUAUACACUGACAUCUUGAUGGUGUACCAGUUUCAGUCACAGUUUGUUUGCAUCUUGAAAUCAGAAAAAAAAUGCAUUAGAAUC